AUACCUGACUGCGUCUUUCAGAGGAUGCAUCACAGCAUUUUCUCGGCUCUGGCAUUAGCCUCUAUGUGGGGGAUGCUAAAUGCAGAAACAGAAAAACUGUUGAACUUAUGUGGAAACCAGAUGACUCCUGACUGGCACAUAAAGAGGAAAGAGGACCUGAUUCUAACGAUAGACAACAACUGGCCAGUAGGAGAGCUUUCCUGCACGGUUCGCCUGGCUGGUGAAGUCAGCUAUGACACUUUAUACUAUUGGUUCACCCGCUUUCAUGUAUCGGACUCAUCUUAUAUGACACUGACUUUGAAGUCCAAUUAUGGUUACUGCAGCCAGAGAACUUACUCGAAUUUGAUCGACCCAUCGUUCAAGCCACAGAAAGGAUACAAUGAGAUUAUCAUAGAGGUUCGGAGAGGAAGUCUUUCGGAGAGUUACACCGGACUGUACGCUUCCUUGACCAUAUCCACUAGAGAUGGCUCGUUCAACUUUCCCACAUGGAAUAUUAUUGGAAUAGUGGGUGGAAUCGUUGUAUUUGUUCUUGUUGUGAUUUUCAUCAUCUACCGUGCCAAAAAACAAGCACGCGCGGCUGGUGUGGGAUGCGGAUCUCCCGUUUAUCCUACUGUGUCAUACAACAAUACGAAUACCACAGGGGCACCUGCUGGAGUCUACCCCGUUGCACCAUACACCCCUAAGCCUUAUCAGCCACAGGAUACGGCUGGUGUCUACCCUCCUCCGUACGGCUUCCAGCCACAGGAGGUACCAUCGGGAUACCCACCUCCUCCCAGCGAUCCGCCUCCGCCAUAUUAUCCUCCAUACCACUCCACAAAAACAAACACCCCAACUUAACGCCACAAACGAUGAGGGAGUCGCAGGCUGCUCGUUACAGUACAAGUGUUGCUCAUUAAUACCUGGAAAAUACCAUACAGUUUAAUGUGUACUUGCAUCGUUUUAUUUGCAUCGUGCCUUUUGGCAAAUGUACUGAGCCAAACUACACCCUUUAUAUCAUUAGAUGAAUAGCCAGGCUUUUAUUUUACGUAGUUCAACACAUUAUCUCUUGCUGGUAAGUAUUUUGUUACAAUCUGGAAAUUCCACUUUCCAUCGUGGCCACAAAUUGACUAUGACGCCAACCAUAUGAACCAAUGCCUGAACAAAAAUAGAAAUUCACUGUAAAGUAUGAAAUCCAGUACUCCAGCAUAUCGAACAAGUUAAUUAUCAUAGACUGUAAAAACAGGUGUGGUGUUAUUUUACUGUAAAGUAUACAGGUAGAUUGGUGUACUGUGCAUUUUCACUGCACGGCUCCUUUCUGACUAAAUUUACAGCGAGGUAUUGUACAAAUUCAACACAGCGAUAUGUUCUAUCACAGGUGUUGCAAAGGUCUAAACACCAAUAAAAUAUACACCUGUAUUUUGUAAAGUUAUAGCUAAAAUGAUUUUCUGUAAUUCCAUGGUAUAUCAAUAUUGCACACCUGCAACAGGUACUUGGAUUUGUUGAUCUACUUCAUUUGUCUUUGUAAAUGAUUCACAUCAUUUUUGUUUUCUUUUAUAACAAAAUAUUGUAUAUAUAAAUAUAAAAAAUUAAACGGUGUAAGAGGUGUAUUCAGCAGUUCAUUGCGACCGGUCAACGCUUCCAUCGCCUCCAUUUUAAUGGGCUAACAAUUAGUUGACGGCUAAAAUAGACGUCCUUUAUUCCAGUCAGCUACUAAAGAUAUAUGGGAUAAUACAAGAUAACAAGUUCAUUCACAAGCCUGAACAACGAACAUGAGUUGUUGUAG